AUGGAUGUUCAUCCUCCUUUCAGGCUGGACGAGAACGUGAUCCUCGGUCCCGAUGCUGCCAUGCCUGUUCCGGGCCAUCCCACUGUCACUCUCGCUGACUCGCACGAGGCAGCCCUUUUCCUAAAGCGGGAGCUGUCGACCGAGAGGCUGAGACAACUGUAUAGGCUCUUGUUUUUUGUUUCCCGCCCCCGAAACAUCAGCUCCCUGUCCCAACAGAUUGUCAAGGGCCGAGAGAUUUGCAUUUCCGAGCUCCCAGACCACCACCUCGUCUGGCACCACAAGCGUGUUUUCAUCAAGCCUGUGCCAAAGUUCCUCCUUAGCCAUGCCUUCUGGGCCACGCACCUCCGGCCCAACUUGGAGGCUGAGUACCACUUCCGACUCGAAGCCUUGGGCUUCCUUCGGACUUACUCGGCACUAAUCCUGCAUGAGUCAGACUUCGAACUGGCCCUGCAGUUGAGGCUGGUGCCAAAGACUUUUACAUGGGAGACUUGGUGCAUCUUCAUCGCAGCGUUCAAAAACAUGAGCGACAAGGCUGUGUCCAAGCGGUAUCACUAUGGGGAGAUUCGCCUGACACGUCUCAAUUUCUGGCACAGUCUUAUUCUGGGCACAAGUUUUCUGGAGAUCAAUGGUCAUUAUGGCCGUUAUUUUGCAGGCAUUGGUGGACCUAUGCUGUUCACCCUUGCAGCGAUCACUGUGAUUUUGGGCGCAAUGCAAAUUGGGUUGGAGACGGAUGGCCACUAUUACCGAACACUAGGUACAACCGUGGUUCCUUUGGUGGUUGUGGCAACUGUGGUGUCUUUGGCCUUCUUCCCUUUGCUCUAUAUAUUCUUCUUGCUACGGGAGCUGUACUUCUUCAUCUUUCACUUUCGAAAGCUAGAGUAG